GUGUGGCCGUGUCUGGCCGACGAUUAUUGAGUAGCCAUGAAUCGGCUGGCAGUUGGAUCGGCCUUGAUCUGCUUCCUCUUUCCACCUUUGCCUGCUAAAUACGUCGAAGGUCAACUUAACGAUCCAGUACAGAGAUGGACUUUUCUUGCUCGUUUUUGCUUCCUUUCGAUGGAAGGCCGAUUCUCGUACGAUGUCGAGUACGACUUAGAUUACGCCGUUCAAAAGCUUCUGCUGUAUUACGAUACACCUAAUCAAUGGCCACUAGCUUACGAUCAAACCAAAAGCUGCGAAGAACGCGAAUCGCUUCUAAAAAUUGAAAACAAUCAGAUAAUCAACCUCACCUCGAAUUCACGGUCGGCAGAAUGUCAAAUCAUCCGACUAGAUCCAGAUAAGGCCAAAUACCGCUGUGUCGGUAACAGGACUUUCCGUUCGUCCAGGGAACGUUGGUGGUUCAUUGCAGUUAGCAAUUGCCCAUCGCCGCGGGGGUUAUCUCUGAAAUAUCGUUUCUGGAUGACGAAUGGCCCUAGCGAAGACAUUUGGUUCCAGCACUUUUCCGCUGAUGAAUUCUAUAUUUUACAUAUGUUGAUUGGUUUCUUGUUGGUCCAAGUCACUCUCUCGGUGGUAGCAAUCUUGUGCGGCAGAGAGCUAAAGGCGAGGCAACUUUUACAUUCGACUUACAAGAUGUUCAUCACCAGUGUUCUUCUCCAAGCAGUUGGCCUCUUUCUAUUAACUGUCGCUUACGGGAAAUAUGCAAAUGAUGGGGUUGGAUCUGUGGGUCUCAAAACUUUAGGACGAAUGUUCGAGGCGACAUCGGAAAUCUUUUACAUAUUGAUGCUGAUAUUACUAGGAAAAGGUUACACAGUGACGCGCGCUCGGCUUCGAUCCCGAUCCGUUGUCAAGGUGACUGUUUUCAUGUCGCUCUACUGCGUGACUUACAUCGCCCUUUUCACCUAUGAAAGACAGUAUUUCGAUCCGGGGAAAGUUCUUUAUGUUUACGAAUCUCCAGCUGGUUACGGAUUGCUGGUUUUGCGAUUUCUGGGCUGGAUGACUUUUGUCUAUGGAUUGGCUUUCACGCUGAAGCAUUACCCAGAAAAAAAUGGUUUUUAUCUACCAUUUUUCUUCUUUUCAUCGCUGUGGUUCGUCUCAGGACCUAUCAUCAUAAUCCUAUCUAAUCAUCUAGUCGACAAGUGGGUGAGAGAAACAAGCAUGGUAGGAGUGGAACACUCCUUUGCUCUCCUCGGAUUUCUAGCUUUCUUGGUGCUGACUCGUCCGAACGCCGCCAACAGUAACUUUCCCUACCACGUCCGUACUUCCCAGAUCGGGGUGAUGGAACAGCGUAUAAGCAGCCAAUCGGAAGAUAGCUUGGCACCUAAUCAUUUAGACCUGGAUCGAUUUCCCCAUCAUCUAUACGAGCCAACGUUACGUUACAACAACCCUAACGGGAUUUAUGCCAUUAGUAAUGGAACUGUUCAUUAAUGUUUAUUUACCGUGUAUUCUCAAUACGUGCAAAAUACAUCGCACAAUAUCUUU